AUGAACGGAAUUCAGCCAAACGGCCAUCAUGAUGCUCCCCCCCCUCCUCCUUCCAACAAGGGUUUGGGGAAGGAGUAUACCGAGAAUGUCAUCAGGUCUAUGGGUCCCAAGACGGAUGAGAGGUUGAGAACGGUCAUGGCCUCGUUGAUUCGACAUGUGCAUGAUUUCGCGAGGGAGGUGGAUCUCACGGUUGAUGAGUGGAUGGCUGGUGUGCAGUGAGUUUUAUCCAUCCACCAGCGGUGUGGCGAAGCUCACGGAUUGGGAAAAUAGGAUGAUCAACUGGGCUGGUCAGAUGAGCGAUCACAAGCGGAACGAAGGACAGUUGCUUUGCGAUGUGAUUGGAUUGGAAUCGUAAGUCGGCUUAAUUCAUAUAUGGGAACGGAAUGAAAGGGAUUUUGGAAAUUUCGCUGACUUUCGAUCGACAAGUCUUGUGGACGACAUUACUUAUCGAAAAGCGGCAGAGGCAACGGAUUCUGCUACGGCUUCGGCGAUUCUCGGUCCCUUCUGGAGACAGGAUACACCGAUGCGGGAGUUUGGGAGCACCAUCACUUUCGACACGCCUUCCGAUGGGCAGGUUGCGUAUGUUCAUGGGACUGUCACCGACGCCACGACUGGGAAACCAUUGAGUGAUGCCGUUGUGGAUGUCUGGCAGGCUUCUACAAAUGGUGAGUGCAAAAGUCACUAUAAGUACAUGGACUGCGCAGUGGGUCCUUUUCUCUGACAAAGGUCACAGGCCUCUACGAGCAACAAGACGACAAGCAGGUGGACCACAACCUCCGCGGCAAAUUCCUCACCAACCCUCAAGGCGAAUACGCCUUCUACUGCCUGCGACCCACGCCGUAUCCCGUCCCCAGCGACGGCCCAGCCGGGAAACUUCUCGAUCUGAUGGAUCGACACCCGUACCGACCCGCCCACAUUCACUUCAUCGUCAGCAAGGAGGGCCACAAACCCAUCACCACCCAAAUCUUCGACUCGCAGUCGAAGUACCUCGAAGACGAUUCCGUUUUCGCCGUCAAGGAUGAUCUGGUGGUCAAGUUUGAGCCUCGCGAGGGCGAUGCGCAGGCUGAGUGGGAAUUGCAGUAUGAUAUUGCUUUGGCUGCGGAGAGUGAAAAGGGAGUGUCGAAUCAUUCUUCUGCUAUUCCGGCUCAGCUUUGA